AUGAAGAAUAAUAGUAAUUCCAUUUUCAUUUUGGGGUCUCUGCUGUCUUUGCUUCUUUUCUUGCAUCCAACAUCAAUCACAGCUCAAGAAGUUGAGGAUGAGAGAGAAUUUGAUUACAGCGACGGAAGCCAGAAGGGUCCUAGACGAUGGGGAGAGCUCAAGAGAGAAUGGGAGGCCUGUAAGAAUGGGAAAAUGCAGUCUCCGAUAGAUAUGGCGAGUCAGAGGGUGGAGAUAAUGCGAAAGCCAGGACAAUUCAAGAGGAACUACAAGCCUAGCAAUGCUACUGUCAAGAACAGAGGUCAUGACAUAUCUCUUCAAUGGGUUGAUGGUGCUGGAUCGAUUCAGAUCAAUGGCACUGAGUACGUUCUCCAGCAAGCCCAUUGGCACUCUCCUUCAGAGCACACCAUCAAUGGCAGAAGGUAUGACAUGGAACUACACAUGGUUCAUCUAAGCUCUGACCCCAAUGUGAAAGACAAGAUAGCUGUUAUUGGUGUCCUCUACAAGAUUGGCCAACCAGAUAGGUUUCUCUCUAAGUUGGCUAGAAACGUAUCGUCUAUGAUGGACCAAAAGGAUGAAGAGAGACACUAUGGGGUGAUAGAUCCUAGAGAGAUCAAGAUUGGUAAUAGGAGGUAUUACAGAUACGUUGGCUCACUCACUGUACCUCCUUGUACUGAAGGUGUUAUUUGGACCAUCGGCAAAAAGGUCAGAACUGUUUCAAGAGAUCAAGUCAAGUUGCUUCGGGAGGCUGUUCACGAUUACGCAGCGAGGAAUGCAAGGCCAUUGCAGUCACAAAACAGUCGAGAGGUUCAUCUCUAUGGUCCAGACCCAAAUGAUACAAGCGGUUGA